UCAGUCAGUUUGUGUAGUUUUGUCAGAGCGGCGUAUACUACGUCUCAUUAAUAUUGUUGCAAAUACUAGUGUUCAAGUUCGGUGUGUAUUUUCCGCAGUCUUGAACGUCGUAAGGAACGUCCUCGAGACAGUCAAGUUGAAAGAGCUGUAGAGGAACUCGAAGGAGCCCGCACCAAGAAGCGUAUGGACGCAGCCACUCGGCGGAGGGAGAUGAUCUCCUUGCUCCUCAUCGAAGUCGUCAUCAUCAUUUUGUUCGGGUACUACGUCCGCUACGACCCGGCCGCUGAAGCCCCUUGUCCCGACAAGAACAAAAAGGGAGAGGAUGGCCGUCCCGUUGAAAACCCGUCCGAAUAUCCUCCUCUACAUCAAGUUAUGCCAAUGUUCCAGGACAUUAAUGUGAUGAUAUUUAUCGGAUUUGGGUUCCUGAUGACAUUCCUUCGGAAGUAUGCAUUCAGUGCAAUCAGCUUCACCCUUCUCAUAAGCGCCAUCACCAUUCAAUGGGCAAUUCUGUGUCACGGCUUCUACCAGCUCAUCGCCGGAGAAAGAGUCAUACGUGUCGGAAUUAGUCAGUUAGUCGAGGCGGACGUGGCUGCAGCGGCCGUGCUCAUCUCAAUGGGUGCCGUCCUGGGCAAGACCACCGUUUUCCAGCUCAUCUUUAUGGCCCUCGUCGAGACGGCCCUAUACGUGACGAAUCUAACCAUUGGUAUUGACCAUUUGCAGGCAGCAGAUGUUGGUGGUUCAAUUUUUGUGCAUGCCUUCGGAGCCUAUUUUGGAAUCGCUGUAGCUCUAGCAUUGGGUCCACCGAUGAGUACGGAAGAUGAUGAGUCUACGUAUGUAACUGACAUAUUUGCCAUGAUUGGGACCGUCUUCUUAUGGAUGUUCUGGCCAAGUUUCAAUGCAGUUCUAAGUGACGGUGAUGAGCAGUAUCGGAUUGUUAUCAACACUUACUUAGCUCUCACAGCGAGUUGCAUAGUUUGUUUCUGUGCAUCUUCAAUAGUGUCUCCAAGAAACAAAUUUACAAUGGUUCAUAUUCAAAAUGCAACACUGGCUGGUGGUGUGGCCAUUGGAGCUGCAUCAAAUAUGAUGACACUUCCUUGGGGAGCCCUCGCUAUUGGCGGUCUUGGUGGCUUCCUAUCUGUGAUCAGCUAUCAGUAUCUGCAGCCAAUGCUCCUGCAAAAUUAUGACUUACAUGAUACUUGCGGUGUCCACAACUUGCAUGGACUUCCUGGGGUUUUUGGAGGUUGUGCAAGUGCUUUAUUAGCUUCUUUGGCGUCAGUGGAUGACUACAGCUCCAGUCUGUACCUAAUUUUUCCUGCUCGAGCACCGUUUGAAGAUACAUUCGAGUUAAAUGAAGCUAUAGGCGAUUUGCCGCAAAUAACAGCAGGGAAGGACCGAACAGCAUUGAAUCAAGCUGGGAUCCAGCUGCUUGCAACUGUCAUCACUGUGGCAAUCGCAUCAUUAGGAGGCACCAUCACAGGUUUACUGAUGAGAAGUAUUUCAACGAAACUCCAUGAUGACGAAGAAAUGUUCCAGGAUGAAACUUUUUGGGGGCUGCCGCCUCCUGCCUUAGCAUCUGCAUCUCAGUCGUCGCAGAGUCUGGUCAGGUGCUCAAAUUGAACUCAUUGAUGUAAUGAGAAAGUUUGCUUUCAGUAAUUUUGCAUUGGAUAUAUGUAUUCAUUAGGGUUGUUUAAGUGCUCUCAGAGAAUUCAAGAUGCAUAUUUUGUUGGGGUUUAUGGGGAGUAGUUUUUAGCUCUAAUUUUUCUAUGGGUAGUGUAUGAGAAUAUACAUUAGCAAUAAAUUUCAUGUAAAAAAAAGUCAUAGAUCUGACAACUGGUCUUGAACGCGCAUCGUUCAAAAAAACUUCACAAAGAAAUACACCCUCACCAAAGAUCUGACAAAUAAUUUAAAGCCCUCGGUCCUCAUUAGUUUUUUAGAUUUUGAAAAUUAAUUUUUUAUCAAUGAGUCACAUGUGUGUGUCAUUCCUGAUGUUGUGUUGCAGUGCUUAUUUUAACAGAUUUCAUUUUUGCUCUUCCCUCAAAUAUCCAUAUUGCAUCUCUUGUUACCCGUAAUUUAUUUAAUUUUGGAUUUUGAAGUAACACAAUUUGUUUUGGCUUCCAGCAAAUUCCGUCAUCAUACGUCAUUUUCAAGAGCUUUGAAUGAAGAUAAAGAGGCCAAAUUUUACGAUAAUUAUCUUAAUUUUUUUUAAAGAAAUGGGAAGCAGUGUUAAUGAUCAGUUCCAACACACCUUAUACCAUAAUUAUAUGACUUCCUUCAAAGGCAUUGAAUUCUAGACUUGAAUCAGAUUGAUUUGUGCUUACAGUAUGUCAUCUUAAUUUUACUGUAAUUUUGUUUAGUAUCCAAACUUUGCCUUUUAUUUUGGACUUCGAUAGCCUCUAUAAACCCAAGAUUGUAACCGUGCUGCAUUCUUAAAUAAUCACAACCCCCAUUUAUCUGGAUGAAGAGGGUCCUUUCUGUAAACUUGAUUUAGUCUAGGUUUGAUGGCAUUCUGACGGUGGAAAUGCAUCCAAUCUUAGCAUGACUUUUUCAGUCAUGAUUGCAAAAGUGGUAAUUCUUUCAACUUUGUGGAAAAUUAAUAAUCAGCCUCAAAAUUUUCAUUCACAGAAGAGUAAUUGGAUAGAGUUAAGCAAAACAGUCAGAUCUACGUUGCCGUGUUUUAAUCUCAUGUCCUAUUUUUAUUUUUGGAAGAGACCCAAUCAACAUCCACACUCAAAAAUUGUUUCAUUCAUCCCCUUCAGUGGCUUUUAUUUUGUAUCUUAAACGAAUUGUAAUAUUUUUAUGGGUCUUGAAUGGAUUCUCCUUAAUUUUAUAACAGUUUAUCAUCAAAUGUAUUAAACAAUGCUCUUAAGAUGCGGCAAGUAAUUUUGGAGUGUAUUAUACUGACGAGGGUGCAUGAACUGUCCUCCUUCGAUUCUGUUAAUAUUUUUUGUAGAGGUGAAUCAGGGAAAGUUAGGGUGACUAUAUUCUUUUUUACCAUCACUGGUCAACCAUUUUCAAGAUAUCAAGUUUUUUCCUGAGCAUAUCGUGCCUCCCUAAUGGUACCACUGAGCAGCGACUACCAGGGCGGGCUGCUUAUUGCCAUUGUCUAAGCUCCACGAUACUCAGCCCUGCCAGGCAGUCGGUACUCAAUGAUAAAGUUAGAGAGAAUCAUUAUGUGCAGCAUGAAUGAAAGUAGAUGGUUAUUGGCAGCGAAAAUCAAAUAUGAUAACCUUUCCCUAACUUUACUUCUAUACCAAGUAUGAACAGAACGAGACGAGGGUUAUUUGUCCAUCUCCCCUAUGAGUAUCUUUUAACAUCUAUUUGGCUAUAUUUUAUAGUUUUCUGUGAAGAAGACUUUUUCUACACUAACUGCAUUCUAAAAAUUGUAUAUUUUCUAGAAUUAUAAAAACAUGUUCAUCACUGGCUACUUAAUAAAUGUCUAACUAUGGUAACCAGAA